UAUACCCUUUUGCUCAAGCUCCUACCACAAGUGUCCUUCUUAAAAGCCAAAACUCAUGAAUGUGUCACAAGUCACAACUCCUUCCUUAAUCCAAACACACACAAAAGACAACAACAUGGAAACACCUUCACUUUCUCCUUCAUUUCCUCUUUUGCUCUAUCACCUCCUCCUCUACAACUAAACCAUCACAAGAUUCACAACAACCUCUUUUCACUAUACUCUCCCAUCUAUACAAUUCUAUAUUUUGUUCCUACUCAAGACUGUUGACAUCGUUAGAAUCACUACAACAAUUCUUUUUUAUCAAAUUGUGCAAUCUUUACAAUUCUGGAUCCUGUUCCGAUCUUAAGUCUGCUGAUAUCGUUAGGGUCACCGAAUUCUAUUAAUUCAUGGGGGCUGGUGUUUCUACAACUGCAGCAGAAAAUGAUGAUGGAAGCACUUUUUCUGUGUUCUCAGAUACAGGCCUUGAUGAUGUCCCUGAGAAUUGCAUAUCUUCAUUGAUGAUGAGUUUUGAUCCACAAGAGAUUUGCACAUUGGCCAGAGUGAACAAAACUUUCCAUAGAGCUUCAUCUGCUGACUUUGUUUGGGAAUCGAAGUUGCCACCAAGCUACAAAUUUCUUGUCAAUAAAGUAGUUGGUGAACAAAAUCUUGGUUCCAUGACCAAGAAAGAGAUCUAUGCCAAACUAUGCAGACCCAAUUUCUUUGAUGGUGGAACCAAAGAAGUUUGGCUAGACAGAUGCAGUGGACAAGUAUGUUUGUUCAUUUCAUCAAAAUCCUUCAAGAUUACAGGAAUAGAUGAUAGAAGAUAUUGGAAUUAUAUUCCAACUGAGGAAUCCAGGUUCAAGAGUGUUGCAUACCUUCAACAAAUGUGGUGGGUUGAAGUGAUAGGGGACCUAGAGUUUGAGUUUCCCAAAGGGAACUAUAGUGUAUUUUUCAGGCUUCAAUUGGGCAAAACCUCAAAGAGAUUGGGCCGGCGCGUCUGCAACGUUGAUCAAGUUCAUGGCUGGGACAUCAAGCCCGUUAGAUUUCAACUAUCUACAUCGGACGGCCAGAGUUCACUCUCCCAGUGCUAUUUGCGUGGGCCUGGAGAAUGGGCCCACUAUUAUGUUGGAGACUUCGCAAUUGAGAAGCCCAAUGGGCUAACAAACAUCAAGUUUUCUUUGGCCCAAAUUGAUUGCACUCACACCAAAGGUGGUCUUUGCAUAGAUGGGGUAGUGAUUUGCCCAACAGAGUUAUCAGAAAGAUUGAAACAACUUUAGCAAAGAUUACAUCGUGUAUUCAAUUAAUCACUUUUUGUAAGAAAAAAAAUUAGGUCUAGGUUUCUCUCCUUGUUACUUCUUUUAUUUUUAUUUUUUUUUUAUUUUUCAGAUUAUUGGCUCUUUUAGGAAGAACUAGGUGGGGGCACUCUAUUUUUGUUACAAAGGAAGUCUUGAAUGA